AUGGUCCACGGCUUCUACGCUGCGAUGGGAGGCUUUGCCUUUCAGAGUCCUGCUCCAGAUGGGAGUGAGAAUGAAGUGCCAGUAGCAAGAAUGGCCUUGAACCUCGAGGCAAUUGGAAGGCUCAUCGAUGAUAUACAUCAGCCCGCCAUCUUCGAGGUCGAGGAAUAUUUAGGCACCGCUGGAGAAUCAGAGUUCAGAGCCACCCGUGCGAUACCUCCAGUGGUAGCUCCCGUCCCUGAACGCGGUUAG